GUCCUCCAUACACUCUUGCCUUGUAAGCAAGCUAAACUCCAAUAUAUUAUUACUUCUAUAUAUUGAACCCCACUCUCCAAUCUGAUUUGAGGCAAAGGGAAUUCCGGAGAAGAUUUAAUUAUUUAAUUAAACCCUCUCCUGUUUUCCACAUUCAACAUGAAAUUCAACAACACCCACUUGAGCUACUGCUACUUCACACUCAUCUUAAUCCAAAUUGUAGUCAGCUUCAAGCCAGUUUCAUCAGCGCCUCAAGGUGCUUUUAUUACAAGCCUUCCUGGAUUUAGUGGCAAUUUGCCUUCCAAACACUAUGCUGGGUAUGUGACUGUAGAUGAAUCUCAUGGGAAGAAAUUGUAUUACUACUUUGUUGAGUCUGAAGGGAAUCCUUCUAAAGACCCUGUUGUUCUUUGGCUCAAUGGUGGUCCGGGCUGCUCUAGCUUCGAUGGCUUCGUUUAUGAGCAUGGUCCCUUCAAUUUUGAGGCAGGAAAACCACAUGAUAGCCUUCCCACCCUGCAUCUCAAUCCAUACAGCUGGUCCAAGGUCUCAAGCAUUAUAUAUUUGGACUCCCCAUCCGGUGUUGGAAUGUCUUACUCAGGGAAUGUGUCUGACUACGAGACCGGAGACUUAAAGACAGCUGCUGACUCCCACACAUUUCUCCUCAAGUGGUUUGAGCUCUACCCAGAAUUCCUAUCCAAUCCAUUUUAUAUAUCUGGAGAAUCGUAUGCUGGAGUAUAUGUGCCGACUUUGGCUUAUGAAGUAGCUCAAGGAAUUAGUGCUGGUAUCAAGCCUAUUAUCAACCUUAAGGGGUACAUGGUGGGAAAUGGAGUCACAGAUGAUCAUUAUGACGGAAAUGCUCUUGUACCAUUUGCCCAUGGAAUGGGUCUUAUAUCAGAUGAACUUUAUGAGACAGUUAGUGCUGAAUGCCAGGGUAACUUCUACAAUCCUACAAGUGAGGAUUGUGAAAACAAGCUUGCAAAAGUUGAUGAUUUACUCAAGGACGUAAACAUAUAUGACAUUCUUGAACCAUGCUAUCAUGAAACAUCGAGUAGAAUUCAACUGAACACGAGACUGCCGCUAAGCUUCAGGAGAUUAGGUGAGACUGAAAGACCUUUACCUGUUAGAAAGAGAAUGUUUGGCCGUGCCUGGCCUUUUAGAGCUCCUGUAAGAGAUGGAUAUGUUCCAACCUGGCCGCAAAUUCUGAACAGCGAAGAAGUCCCAUGCACUGAUGAUGAAGUUGCAAAUGCAUGGCUGAACAAUGAAACAGUUCGGAAAGCAAUUCAUGCUGAAAGUGCAAGUGUAGCGGGCAACUGGGAGCUGUGCACAGACAGAAUUUCGUUUUAUCACGACGCUGGGAGCAUGAUCAAAUAUCACAAGAACCUCACAAUGCGGGGGUAUCGAGCCAUUAUAUUCAGUGGGGAUCAUGAUAUGUGUGUUCCUUUUACGGGAAGUCAAGCCUGGACGAGAUCCGUCGGAUAUAAAACCGUAGACGAGUGGAGGCCUUGGUAUGUGAAAGGCCAAGUUGCUGGGUACGUUCAGGGUUAUGAAAACAAUCUCAGCUUUCUCACUGUGAAGGGAUCCGGACACACCGUGCCAGAGUACAAACCAGUCGAGGCAUUGGCAUUCUACUCUCGUUGGCUGGCGGGGCAAAAGAUUUGAAACAAAUUAUUUAUGUUGAUAGGGAAGGGAGCAAAGAUGAUAAUAGUAAAUAACUUAUUCUUCUUGUAAGUUUCUCAUCUUGUUCGCUGAGAAUUGAGGAACAUGAGAGGCAGCAUUUGCCACGAGAAGAUCAUCUUCUACUGCUUACAGAACGCAAGAAAGAAUGCUCUGUAUUUCGAGUUCUUAAUAGUAAUAAGAAUAAAAAUAUCCCCUUUCCUUGAUUCAGUACAAGUAGGGCGGCUGUAAAUGACUCAAAUUGAGUCGAAUGCAUUAUUGUUCAAGUUUGUUUAAAUUAAUAUCAAGCUUGAAAAUUUGUGUUGAA